CCUAAGCAAGUGUCCCAUCAGGACAAGCUGCAGGCAACACGUCCAGGCCUUGAGUACUCUGUCCAAGGGAGGAAUCUGCUCCCACCUCACAGGAUUCCUGGGGGCAAUGGCUGCCUUCACUCUCCCCUCUUCAGCGAGACAUCUAGAAAAGGGGCUGAGAGAAAUGGCAAUGACCCUUCUUCUCCUGACCUGUCUUUGGGGUGUGGUUCGGUGCUCAGAUCCUGCAACUUCAGAUACAUCUGAGGUGAGGCUAGUGAAUGGAUCAAGUCGCUGCAGCGGAAGAGUGGAAGUGCUCCAUAAUAACCAAUGGGGCACUGUUUGCGAUGAUAACUGGGGCAUGCAGGAUGCCAGAGUCGUGUGCCGGCAGCUGGGUUGCACAUCAGCAAUAGCAGCUGUAACCAGAGCACAUUUUGGAAGAGGAACUGGCCGCAUUUGGCUGGAUGAAGUUGAAUGCAAAGGCACAGAAUUAACUCUCAGUCAGUGCCCGGCAAGGCCUUGGGGUGAAAACAACUGCAACCAUGGAGAAGACGCUGGCAUCAUAUGCGCAGAAGUGAGGCUGGCGGGUGGCUCAAAUCCCUGUACUGGCCGGGUCGAGGUCUUUCAUAACCAACAAUGGGGAACAGUGUGUGAAGAUGGCUGGGACAUGAACGAAGCCCGUGUCGUGUGCCAGGAAGUGGGUUGCGGUGAUGCUAUAGCUGCACCCGGUAGAGCUAAGUUUGGACAAGGGACUGGUCCUACUUGGAUGAAUGGAGUCAACUGCACAGGAUCUGAAGACAGUCUAAGCCAAUGCCCAGCAAAUCCCUUGGCAGAACACAGCUGUGACCACAGCAAGGAUGCUGGUGUAGAAUGUGCAGAACCACCUGAGAUAAGAUUAGCAGAAGGCCCCAGUCGCUGUUCUGGGAGAGUUGAGAUAUUCCAUGAACAAAUUUGGGGAACUAUAUGUGAUGAUGAUUGGGACCUCGAAGAUGCCAAUGUUGUGUGUCAUUAUCUCGGAUGCGGAAGUGCUGUAUCAGCCCCUCGAGGUUCUCGUUUUGGAGCAGGAAGUGGUCCCAUCUGGCUGGAUGGCGUUAACUGCACAGGGUCAGAGAAUUCUAUCCGUAAAUGUCCUGCUAAAGAAUGGGGGCAGCAUGACUGUACUCACACCGAAGAUGCUGGUGUCAUAUGUACAGAUAUCCGACUAAUGAAUGGCUCAACUCGCUGCUCAGGGAGAGUUGAGGUAUAUCACAACAAGCAGUGGGGGACUGUUUGUGAUGAUGGCUGGGAUGUGCAAGAUGCUGAAGUUGUGUGCCGGGAGCUGGAUUGUGGAAAUGCUUUAUCAGCAGUAGGUGGAGCACGCUAUACACAAGGGUCUGGUACUAUCUGGCUAGACAGAGUGAACUGCACAGGAAAGGAAGCAUCUCUGAGAGAAUGCCAAGCAAGACCUUGGGGAGAGCAUAGCUGUGACCACAGAAGAGAUGCGAGUGUGGAGUGCUCAGAUCCAAAUGAGGUCAGGCUGGUCAAUGGUUCAGGUCGUUGCUCCGGAAGAGUUGAGGUGCUCCACAACCAGCAGUGGGGGACUGUGUGUGAUGAUGGCUGGGAUAUGAACAGUGCCCAAGUCGUAUGCAGGGAACUUGGCUGUGGAAAAGCAGUAUCAGCCCCACGAGGAGCUCAUUUUGGAAGGGGAAUUAAUCCUAUCUGGCUGGAUGAUGUCAAAUGUAAAGGGACAGAAGCUGCCCUCAGGGACUGCCGUCUAAAGCCUUGGGGAGAACAUAACUGCAACCAUGGAGAAGAUGCUGGCGUGGUGUGCUCAGAACUCAGACUGGUGAAUGGUUCAAAUCGCUGUUCUGGAAGAGUUGAGAUAUUCCACGACUAUCAAUGGGGGACCAUAUGCGAUGACCGCUGGGGCAUGAAACAGGCUGAAGUUGUCUGCAGAGAGAUGGGCUGUGGUGUUGCUUUAAAAGCCACUACAAACGCUGUUUUUGGAUCGGGAUCAGGGCCCAUCUGGAAGGAUGAUGUCAAUUGUGUUGGAACAGAAAAUUUCAUCAGUGAAUGCACAUCAAGUGCUUGGGGCCUUAAUAACUGUCACCAUGGAGAAGAUGCUGGUGUCGAGUGUGCAGACCCAGUUGAGAUUCGGCUGGUCAACGGUUCGAGUCGGUGCUCUGGAAGGGUGGAGGUGCUUCAUUUGCAACAAUAUGGAACCGUGUGUGAUGACAGCUGGGACUUAAAUGAAGCCACAGUGGUGUGUAGGAACAUGGACUGUGGAACACCCAUAUCUGCUCCACAUGGAGCCAGGUUUGGACGAGGAAUGGAUCCAAUCUGGCUAGAUGAUGUGGAAUGUACAGGAACAGAAUAUUCUCUCUCUGACUGUAAAGCCAAGCCUUGGGGAACCAAUAACUGCAACCACGGAGAAGAUGCUGGUGUUAUAUGUUCAGAUGAUCUCAGACUGGUAAAUGGCUCAAAUCGCUGCAGUGGAAGAGUUGAGGUUCGUCCACCCCACACUGAGCAGUGGGGAACUGUCUGUGACCGUACCUGGGACAUAAAUGAUGCUGAAGUUGUGUGUCGGCAGCUGGGCUGUGGAAAGGCUGGAUCUGUCCUAAGCGGAGCUCAUUUUGGACAAGGUUCGGGUUCCAUCUGGAUGGAUGAUAUAAACUGCAAAGGCACUGAAGAUGCUGUCACAGAAUGCCGUGCAAAUACCCAGGGAAACAAUAACUGUAAUCAUGGACAAGAUGCCGCAGUUAUUUGUUCAGACAAAUCCAUCACCAACGUGGCUAACGUCAGACUGCAAGAUGGCCCAAACUCCUGUGCUGGAAGAAUCGAGGUGUUCUACCAGCAACAGUGGGGAACUGUGUGUGAUGACGGAUGGGACAUGAUUGAUGCUGGAGUUGUGUGCAAACAACUGAACUGUGGCAUUGCCUUGGAAGCCCCGCAUGGAGCACGCUUUGGGCGUGGACCCGAUCGCAUCUGGCUGGAUGAUGUGAACUGCACAGGAGCUGAAGAUUCCUUCAAAGACUGUGGAGGACGCCCUGUAGGAGAGCAUAACUGUGGCCAUUCUGAGGAUGCCAGUGUUGUGUGCUCAGGUCUUUUCCAGGUGCGAUUGGCCAGUGGCCCUAAUUCCUGUGCUGGGCGGGUAGAGCUGGAAUAUAAUGGCUCCUGGGUUUCUAUUGGCGACUCUGGCUGGGGACUUACACAGGCCACGGUGGUCUGCCGGCAACUGGGCUGUGGAGCGGCAGUGUCUGCACCAGGGGGCAACACAUAUGGCAUGCCUGUUGGGGCAGCAUUGGUGGAUGAGGUGAAAUGUACUGGACAGGAGUCAUCUCUCACUGAAUGCCAAGCCACACCCACAGGUCCCAAGAAGUGUGUCUGUGGUUCCUAUGCAGGAGCAGUGUGUAAAGGAACAACAGGUUCUUCAGUAAUUAUUGCUGUGAUUCUGGGGCUGGCAGCUGUGGCCCUACUUCUUGGUGGGUCCUUUUUCUAUUUGCGAAGAAAGAGGAGGGGAAGAUCCCUUUUUGUGUUUCCCUUAAUCCGUAGACAAGAUGGAUUUAGGCAAGGAAUUUCAAUUGGCUCCCGUACAGUAAAUGGCACUCCAGAAAUAUAUGUCCACGGAGGAGAGCAAGCUGUUCAUGAGAUGGACUGUGACACUGCCUGCUUAGUGAAAGAAGAUGCUGCCUCUUCCCCCGACCACAUUAACUGAGGGGCAGGGGAGGGGGGUUGGACUACAGCACGGGCAAGAUGUGCCAGGAAAUAGUUCCCUCAGCAUUCCCAGUCACACAGAGAGGCCAUGUCUAGCUCUUGUACAGUUAAUGUGAAUAAUCAAAGACUAAGUGUAUUUUGAUGGGAUUCCUGGGAUGUCGUCCUAGCUUCUGGGAGCAAAAAAAGAAAAGAAAUUUGAAUCAAUAGAAUCAGAAA